AUGGGGGGCUGGGCUUGCAAGGUGUGGUUUGCCUCCAAGUGCACCAAGACUUUCAGCAUCGGAGACCGUGUGGGCUACAACGGCGGUGAUGUUGCCGAGCUGAUCGGAUUUGAUGCCGAUGGCGACUUCAUCGUUCGUCGUGCAGACGGCUCUGAAGCUGCUUGGUACCGCUGCAACAGCACCCGGCUCCUGAGCAUCGGUGAUCGUGUGCACUACUGUGGCGGAGAUGUGGCCACCGUGGAGGGCUUUGACGAUGAAG